UCGCACUACUUGGCAUCGGCCUAAGCUCUCUCGGUUUAGCGGUUUUACAGAAUUUCAUACAAGGACUUAAUCGGAGUCCUUGUCGACAAAAUAUGGCAAGGACACACAUAAUCGUAAUUCUCAGGGAAGGACUUCCCGGCUGCUAUAAAUACUGCCCAGUUUUCACCACCAAAAUGCAUCACAAACACUCAUCCUUCCUCUUGUUUAGCCGUCUAAUUCAGAAUGGCGAUUCUUGUUCUGCACUCUGAAUCAGGAGUAGUUGCGAGCGAUGAGGAGCAGAAUGUUUCUGCAGAAGAACAAGAAUUGAUUUUGGAGGAAAGAUUCUUGGUCCCCAACACAAAUUCCUUCGGCCACACUUUCAGGGAUUAUAGUGUGGAAAGUGAAAGGCAAAGAGAUGUCGAGGAGUUUUACAGAACUCAACAUAUCAACCAGACAUACGACUUUGUGAAAAGGAUGAGGGAAGAGUAUGGCAAACUAAAUCGUGUAGAGAUGAGUAUAUGGGACUGCUGUGAACUUCUUAAUGAAUUCGUUGAUGACAGUGAUCCUGACCUGGACGAGCCUCAAAUAGAACAUCUACUUCAGACUGCGGAGGCCAUCCGAAAAGAUUAUCCUAAUGAGGAUUGGCUGCACUUAACUGGCCUCAUACAUGAUCUUGGAAAGGUCCUUUUACAUCCAGAUUUUGGAGAGCUGCCUCAAUGGGCAGUCGUGGGUGAUACAUUCCCAGUUGGAUGUGCGUUUGAUGAAUCAAUUGUUCACCACAAGUAUUUCAAAGAGAAUCCAGACAAUAGCAAUCCUACUUACAACUCUAAAUUUGGAGUUUAUUCAGAAGGCUGUGGACUAAACAAUGUGAUGAUGUCAUUCGGGCACGAUGACUACAUGUACUUGGUAGCUAAGGAGAAUAAGACUACUCUACCAUCAGCUGGUCUUUUCAUAAUCAGAUACCAUUCUUUCUAUGCUUUACACAGGGCAGAUGCAUAUAAGCACUUAAUGAGUGAAGAAGACGUUGAGAAUCUCAAGUGGCUGAAAAUAUUCAACAAGUAUGAUUUGUACAGCAAGAGCAAAGUUCGGAUUGACGUAGAGAAGGUCAAGCCAUACUAUCUUUCCCUCAUUGAAAAGUAUUUUCCAGAAAAGCUAAGGUGGUAAAGAUUCCGUUUUCUAGGCGUUGCUCAACUCUUUAAUCUUUAUUUCCUUCUUGUGUAUUGGGAUUGGGUGCUGAAUCGGAGAUGGAGGCAGGCGGCUCUUUUUUUUUUUUCUUUUCAUUUUCAGUAAGUAUUUGUAAUGAGAUGAUGCAAUUACGUAGUAAUCUAUGGAUCCAUUUAGUUUGCAUUCUCUUUCGAGUUUAUUGUUCUUGAAUAAUAGAAAAGUGAGGUAAAUUAAGUGAAAAGUUUGCAAGCUUGCAUUGUGCGGUUGUGGUUACGGAUGCGCGUAUUUGGUAAGCUCUCAAAGACACAGCGGUGUGGGUUGUCACCAUCUCCAAAGACUGGGGAUUGGAAAAGUUUUGGUAUGAGACAAGAACAGAGCAGCGACAAACAAACUUUGCAGUGGUCCAAAAGAUAAGACAUUUUUCAUUAAAUCUCAUAAUUGAAGAUCCUGUAACAACCACUCGUCUUCUUUGAUCCCUUCAUUGAUUGCUACUGUACUUUUAUGUUUCCAAUUCCAUCAUACAAAUUUUCAUCAAA